AUGCUAAAGAGAGGGUCGACAAAGCCAUGCGACCUGGAUACCUAUGAGCUCGACUGGGAUGACCUAGGGAAGCUUGGCUUCUUCAGGAUGCAGCUACCUUCCAUGCCGCAGAAAGCUCCUUCUGCUUCUGAGCCUGCCCCGGCUCCAGCGAGCGCUCCCGCCCCGGGGCCGGUGGCCACGCAGGCAAAUCCCGCCGAGGAGUGGACCCUGGCGCGGUUGGAAAGAAAGGUCAUGGAGGAGGAGUCCUUCGAAAAGCGCCGCAAAAGCUCGUCGGCCAUGCGGGCACUUGAGGAGUGCUACGAGGACGCAGCAUGGGACAGCUUUGACGUGUCGGAGACCGCUGAGGUGGCUCCAGCACAGCCGAUGCCCCUGGAUGUCCAGGUCCCACAGGAGCUCCGAAGACCUAGCGAAGAGCGGCUCAAGCUGGGCGAAUCCAGACCAAGGGCUAAAGAGACGCCACCGCGAGGACCGCCGGCGAUGCGUCCGGGGCAGGCUCCGGCUGCGGGGCCACAGCGCAGAGUCCAGUGCCCUGCGCCGGGCGUUCCCGGAGGCCUCGCAAAGGCCUCAGCCAAGACACCAGGCCCUGGCCCACCUCCAGCAGUGAAGCACCAAAGCAUGCAGCACCCUGGAGCUGGACCACAGUCCAGAAUGCCAGCUCCGACGAAGUACCAGGCAAUGCCGCCGCCGAACCCGACACCCAAGGUGCCAGGUGCUAAGCCUUUGCCAGGCCCUCUUACAAAGGCUCCCCAGGCUGUGAUGAGACCACAGGCUCCGGGGCAGCCUCGGUUUGCCCCGGUUCAGCGACAAGUCGUUGCUCCACAGAUGGCCGUAUUGGGGGCAAUGAGGGCCGGGACCGUUCCGGCUCAUAACCUAGUGCCAGCACACCCACACGAAGCCCAGCCACAGCUUUCAACUUCGCAGCCAGAUGUCAGGCUCGUGCCACAACCAACCGCAUACUCCCAGACGCAACAGUUGCAGGGACAGCAGGUAGAAGUCAUGCUCAUGCCGCAAGCAGCGCUGCAGCAGCACGAGCCCCAGCCACAGCAAGUGCCACCUGGACCGCAGGCAGACGUCAAGCUCGUCCCACAGCCACAGCUGAACCACGCCCAACCGCAACCGGCUGUUCAGCCGCAAGAGCCCCUACCAAGAAAUCCAUCCGAGCAGGCUGAAGUCAGGGCCCUCGCGCCGCCAAUGCAACAUGUGCCAACCGGGCAGGCAGAGUUCAGACCUAUGCAGCCUAACCCCCACGAGGCCCAGCCACAGAUGCCUGGUCCACAGGCCCAGCAGCUCCUCCCGCAAUCCUCUCGUUUCGUGCAAGAUUCGAGCCAGGCCACGAUUCUCUACCCCUCACCGGCCUCCGGCUUCAGGCCGGAGACCCAGAGGCAGGUUGCGGCCGCUCCGGCGGUUCUGGGGCAGUCGAGCCUGGAAGCUCCGAGCGAGUCCGAAAAGCAAGCGCCACAGACCGUGGAGAUGUCCGAUGGGACACCAGUUGCCCCAGCAGCACAAGCGGUCAUGGGAGGAAGCUGUGCUACCAACGUUGCCAGCGCGAACGGCUCAAGAGGGCCAGAUCGAAUGCUGAACAAGCUCUUGGCACAGCCCUGUUCGACACGACUGCAAACACUCCAGCGAACAGGUUACGUCUCUCCGCUUCCUCCAGGGCCACAGGUGACCCUCGCCCAUCCAACGUAUCCAGAAGCCGGGCAGUUGGUGGCUGCUCCACCAGAUGCAGGCAACUUGCCAGAAUCCGUCGCCUUGCCUCUGCAGUUCGAGGCCGUGGAGGAGUACCCGGGCUUCCAGGUGCCGAUGGCACCGAGGGCUGCGCAGGCUCCCAUGUGUGGUUCCGCCUCGGUCCCUACUGCCCCGUGGGUCUUUGCACGGCCUCAGACAGACGUCCUCUCGAGGUCGGCGGCCCAACUUCCAGUUCAGGCACCGCCCCAAAGGCAGGGCGUACCUCCGCCGCCAAGUCGAAGCGACAGUGCUCCAGUUGUAGGCCUCUGUGAACCCAUCACCUUGGCAGCAGCCGAGCCGAGAGCGUCUGCAGAGCCAGUGGCAAUUGCGGUGGCCGCUGACAAUGACGCCCUCAGUGGCUUCGCUGACCCUGCUGAGGUGGGGAAGCCAGUCCGCGAUUGGACAGAGGACGAUGUGGCGCAGUGGCUGAUGAAGCUCUCGACUGUACCAGCAGACAUCCUGGAUGUGGUUCACUUGCAUGCCAUUUCUGGGGCUGUGCUGCUCUCCAUGACAGAGGAGGAUUUGGAAGGCCUCCGCAUCGAGAAGUUCGGUCACCGCAGGCUAAUUGUGAAAUUGCUCAGCCAGCAUGGUCUCACGAAACUGGUAGCAAGAAGUGAUGUGCGCAAGAUACCUCUCCUUAGGACUUAG